CGGCCGGCAGCUUCCUCAGCGAGCACUCGUCGGUCUCCUCGCGACGCGCGACCAUCUGCCCUUUUCACCUGGACCAGUCCGGAAUAUAUACAAACUACGAACGAACGCACCAUUCUCGAAGCUCAAAUUUGGUCGCUGACAGCAUGUAAAGCACGUUCGGCGGAAGAGGAACAAAACCAAAUUCUUUCCCACGAACAUGAAUAAUUCCACCCUGGAGCUGUUCUACCCGAAGGAAGCGUCCAUUUUCGCUUCAGUUUGCGCCGCCCUCUUCGCAAUCAUCGGAGUCGCAGGCAAUUUGGUUACCGUGGUGGCCCUUCUGCGCAGUUCCAAACUGCGGCAGCACGCGACCACGGCCUUCGUGGUGAGUCUGUGCUUCUCCGACCUGCUCUUCUGCGCCAUCAACCUGCCGAUGACCGCCGCGCGCUUUUGGCACCGCGGCUGGGUCUUCGGCGACACCCUCUGCAGGCUCUUCCCUUUCUUCUUUUACGGCAAUGUCGCCGUCUCCCUCCUCAGCAUGGUCGCAAUCACCAUCAACAGGUACAUCCUGAUCGCUUGCAACGGAAUGUACGAUUUGUUUUACUCGCGUUGGUGCAUCGUGCUGCAGAUCGUGUUCGCGUGGGCGUUCAGCUUUUCGAUAAUGGUGCCGCCGCUGGUGGACGCGUGGGGCACCCUGGGCUACCACGCUCCCACCUUCUCCUGCACCAUCCUGCGCAAGGACGGCGGCUCGCCCAAGAAGUUCCUCUUCGUCUUCGGCUUCUUGCUGCCGUGCGUCGUCAUCAUCCUCUCCUACGGAUGCAUCUACUCCAAGGUCAAAUGCAGCAGGAAAAAACUGCAGGCGCACAAUCCGAUCUGCAAAGAGCAGCGCGCGAAAAAGGUGCCCAGUCAGCAGCAGUCGCAGCAGAAACGCGACGACAUUCGUCUCACGAGAAUGAUGCUGACCAUCUUCUGCUGCUUUUUGCUCUGCUUCUUGCCCCUGAUGAUUGUCAACGUCGCCGACGAUGCAAUCAGGAAGCCGAUAUUGCACAUGCUGGCAUCGAUUUUGGCGUGGGCGUCGAGCGUGAUCAACCCUUUCAUCUACGCGGUGAGCAACCGGCAGUACCGGCAAGCGUACCGGGCGCUGCUGUGCCCGUGGAAAAGAGUCGGACCGCCGGGCCACACGCAACAGCGGCGCAGCUCGCGCUCCGACUCGCGGAAAACGUGCGUCUCUGAGAUGCUGCCGCACUUCAACGCCGCCGCGGAUAAAGUCAAAAUCCAGUCGGUCGACCUAAACCAAAGAUGAAAAAUCAAAGAUUUAGAGUUUUAGUUUUAUCUGUUGAUCUCUAUGUGUAAUCGCAAUAUAUGUUUUUGUGCCAUUCUUGAAAUUAAAAGUAGGAAAAAAAUAUCUAACUUAGAAUAAAUAUCGCAGCUGUUCAGGUUAUGAAAAUUGUAAAUAGA